AUGUAUUCUUCAGUUACUAGAAUUCUAACGGCUUUAUUAUUUCCGUUUACGCUGGAAUUCUGGAAAACCAAUGGAAUUAUGUUUACUUUAUCGAGUAUUUUCCUUAUAUUAUUUUGGUACUAUUUGGUAAAUAAACUCAAUACAGAUCAAAAUAAAAUGAGAUGCCUUUUCCAGUAUAUUUCUUCCGCCAUAAUCUCUUUCAUAUGUUGGCCUAUUGUAAUUGAUCUCUGGCUUAAAUAUUUCCAAUUUGGGAUGGACAUGGCAAAAUGGCUCGAUUAUAAUUCUUAUGGAUAUUACAAACUAGUAUUAAAUAUAUUCUUAUCAUCACUUAUAUUCGACCUUAUUUUUGGAGUUCUGUAUUUCAGAAAGCAAAUGUUCAUUCUAAAUGGCUGGUUCCAUCAUACUGCUUACAUUAUUUUAACCUUAUAUAUAAUGCGCUGGAAGUCUUAUAAUAUAUUUCUCAUUGCUGCCCCUGAAGAAAUUCCAACAUAUUUUAUAUCAAUUUAUGUUAUUUUUCCGCAAAAUAACAGGAAAUUUUCGCAAAAGAUGUUUUUUAUCACAUUUUUCAUUUUUAGAAUUGCGUAUCAUAUAUCAGGUUACUCAUUAUUAUUCCUUCCAACUAAUAAUAGGCAAGUUACGCAAAUCUGGAUACCCACGUCACUUACUAUAUUUGCUCACUGCUAUUGGUAUCUUCUCUGGCUCAGAAAGCAUUGGAAUUCAUUAUUCCACUCAGAAGAAAUCCCAUACUCCAAAGAGAAUUUAAAUGUUGCCAAGAAUAAUACAGAUAAAGAAUAUGGUUGUAUAGACUAUUUUGAUCACUACAGCAAUAUUGAACAGGAAAUUGAUUAG